AUGACUGAGGCAUGGGACUAUCUCGCCGUCCAGCGGGCGCAGCACGCUCGAUGCGCCGAGGACGUGUCGCAGCUCACCGCUGCAUGCGCGCGCGACCACCCGCGAUAUAAACAUGUGCUGGAGUGUCGCGAGUGCUAUGGGAAGGUCAUCGACCGUAUGCGCAGCAGAUAUAUGGGCCCCAGUGGUGAUGCGCCGCGGGAAUGGUUCUCUGGGCGGGACGGCCUGCUGCGAGAUCUGGACAGUCUCUUUGCAUCCGCGCGCGAGUAUGAAGGCGACCUUGAAAGGAUUGAUGCGCGCAUCGACUUGGAGAGGCGGCGGUGGUACGAGCAGCAGGUGAGGGCGUCACCGAGCAUCGGGAAGGCUCUCCGGGAACUGCUGGAAAAGAAGGACGUCUUGGACAAGAUCGGCACCAAAGGAGUCGAUUUCGAGCAGAUCGUGUCAGAAGUGAGGGAGGCCCUCAAGGGUCCGGGCACGACUAACGGGGAGGCCAUCACCAAGAAGAAGGAGGAGGAAGAGGAGGCAGACAUAGCCCUGGAUCGCCUCGUGGAGGUCACGACGCCAGAGGCCAGAAUUCAGGUCUACAAGGAGACCUUUUUUCAGGAGACCUCGGACGAGAAAGCAUCAGCCAAAAUCCAGACAUAUCUUCAGAGGCUUCAGGAGGGAGCAACCAUGGACGAGAUCAUCAACAAGAUUUCGGUGGACCGACGCUCCAGCAUAGGGGCGCAGGGACAGAAGGAACAGCACAGGCAGCGGGCCGAAGAGCUCCGUAGAGCCAAGAACGCGCACGAGCUGCAGAAGUCCAAGAAGGCAACCGGUCGGAAGGGCAGCCAACCAAAGCCACCGCAGAUUCCCGACGAAAUGUACGAGCAACCACCAUGUCACAAUUGUGGCAGAAACCCUGAUCUGCAGGAUUACAUGAUCUGUCCGCUCUGUCAAGUCCUGGUCGAAGGUGGCGUCCGAGCAAAACCAACAGUGUUUUGCUCAUCGGCGUGUUUCUCUGGUAACAACGGACUGAAAUCUCACGUGGAGACGACACAUGAUUGUGCCGGUGGUGACAAUUGCGUGCAGUUGGUGGACGAGGAUACUGAGAUGGACAUGGACGGCUCGGGCCCCUUCCUAUGCAAGGAAUGCCUGAAUGACUUUAGGAAAGGUUCCGUGUACUGCUCUGUGCGAUGCGCGGACCUCAACUUCCAGAGACAUAGACAAGGCGUUCACUUUCCUGAACGGAAGCAACGAGACCUCGACGUUGAUAGGGACGCAAGCGCUCUCCAUUUCGUCGACGACAGUAAAACGAAAUAUCGGCCUCAGAACAUCCGUUCUCAUCUGGCAUCUCUGAAAGAUCUCCUCAACGAGUUCCAGCACAAGAAUGCUAUUGAAGCGACCGAGACGAUAUGGCCAUGA